UCUUAUUUAUAGUAACGUCAAUGUUUUAAGAUGUCAAAAUUUACGUAAAGCGUUUUCGGCGAGUACAUUUUUUGUGUGGUUUUUUUGUUUAAAACAUUUUGUCUAGCCGUAAAUUUUCAUGUACAAAAAGUAAGUGUUCUUAGACGAAACUUUGCGCCCUUUGGCUAUGCCACAAGAUGAAGCGUGUGGGAAAGGAACCUAGGCUUUUGCCUAAUGUUAUGGAAGCAAUAGCACACCUGAAGGAAAAACGCGGUUCAACACAAAAACAAAUUAUUGAACACUUGGCUCAUCUUUUGAAAAAAGGUAACGCUGUCCGGAAUGUCACUAUGCAAGUACGAAGAGCGCUGGAGCACGGGAUCAAUUCUGGUUUAAUAAAACAGAAAGGUGGCAAAUAUUCUCUAGGACUAGACAAGCGGGACUAUGCCAUUUUUAGACGAUUUCGACAAAUCGAUGAACCUUUAGAAUGUAGUCAUAAACGACGAAGAGGUAGAGGGAGGCGUGGCAGAAGACGCAGGAGAAGCCGCAGUAGGCGCCGCCAUCGCAGGAGAGCCCUAUCUGUCGAACAUGCUGGCACUGACGAUUCGGAGUCGGCGCGCAGCGUUAAUGACGAUAAUACGGAACCGAUGGACAGGGGUAGACGCAGGAGGCGAAGAAGGCGUGGCAGGAAGGGCCGCAGGAGGGGUAGAAAGAGGCGAAGACAUGCCGAGGCCAAGGAGGUCAGCAGCAGCUCGUCCGAGUCUGCCAAGAACGAGAAGAAGGAAUCUCCUCCCAAUAUCGUUCCCGAGAAGCGAAAGUCAGACCAGGAAAAAAUAGAUUUCCAUUCCAAAUCUGGCAAUAGCCAGAAUCACCAGAGCAGCCAUAGUCAGGACCGCAAUCAAGCACAAGAGGAAGAUGAUAUCGACUGUGGGAAUCCAGAGUGCUUGUGCAACAUCAAGCAGGAAGAUGAUCUAAACAGGUGCAUGUCAAGGGAUGAUUACUAUCACGAUUCUUAUUUAAACUAAAUCGUCUGAUGGACUACAGUUCGUGAUGUCUUGUGAUAGCGUCUGGUGGAAAUUAUUUGUCCAACCAACUGUCUUGUGUACAGGAAUUUUUUAGCAAAAUAAUGUUUAUCUAUCACGUAAAAUAAUUAAAAAAAAAUGAUAUGUCUUUUUAAUUUUUAUCAAAUAAUAUUUAUAUUCCUGCAAGAAAUAUUACCAGCGGAAGCAGAACAAAAACUUAACAGCUUAAAAGACUAAAAAUUUCCCAAAAAAAUAUAAGGAUUAGCUGAUUAUUAAAUACUAUUUUGUUAAACAUUCUUGAAAUAAAACAUUUACACAAUAUAUAUUUACAUCAUA